AUGAAAAAUACUUCAUCAAAUUAUUCUCCAUAUUAUUCAUCAAAUAAACAAGGUACACCACAAUCAUGGAAUAGUCGAAAUUUGCCAACACCAAUGGAUUAUUAUAUCAAUUCACAACAACAACAUAUGUCACUUCAAAAUAUCAAUCCUCAUCAUCAUCAUAUGUUUGUUCCACCAAAGUCAAUGCCUCCAUAUGAUAAUCAACAGUAUCCUACAAAUUUAUUAUCAUCACAACAAUCAUCUAUGAUCAAAAUCAUGCCUCUAGAUCCUUCAACUAAUCCAAAUGAAAUAAAUCUGAAAUCAGGUGAUCAAUUAUAUUCAUCAGUUGAUUUACCACCUUUGCCUACACCAUUUAAUCCAAUACAACAAAAUUUUUAUCAUUUAUCUUCAUCACAAUUUGUUAAAAUGGAUGACAUGAAUGCAUCAAUUGAUCCAUCAACUAGUCGUCAACAAGUACAUGUACGUUCUUCAUCACUAAUUAAUGAUAAUUUCGUUAUGACACCACUGUCUCAUCAUUCAAUGCUUUUGAAUGCUAGUCAACCACCACCAUCACAAAAAAUUAUUAAUUCAUAUGUUCCGACAACAAUAUCCAUUGAACAAGAAUAUAAACAAGGUAUAUAUUAUGGUGAACAAGCAGAUGAACUCCAUACAGGUACAUUAUAUUAUCAUGAAGCAUCUGAACAUGAUCCUGCUUCUCAACAACAAUCACAUCCAGCAAUUGAUUAA